AUGACAUCGUCCGACAUACGAUAUCAGCUACACGAAUCACCGUUAAGAGGUCUAAUCACGCCAUCACGCCACUCCACAUUAACCGAAAGUCGAAACUGUAUAAAAGGACGUACUGAUGCUUGGUUCAGGUAUAACGCAAUUUUUGUGCCAAUACAAUCUUCAUUUUCACUUUACUCCUUGAAAAACAAACCAAAAACCAAAAAUGGGCGCUGA